AUGGCGGACUCCCAGCUGAUCUGCCUGGACGACACGCACGUGAACGAGAAGGUGACCGAGGCCCAGGCCAGGUUCUACUACAGCGAGGAGCAGCGCCGAGCGCUGCAGGGGCUGGUCGCCAACGGCGAGAAGGACUACCGGGAGCAGCUGCAGAAGGGGCAGCUGCGGGACUUCCUCUCCAGCCGCGAGCUGCGAGCCCUGCCGGACUGCUGGCGCCGCUACGAUGCGCACUUGGAGGGCGGCGGGGCCGGCGGCGAAGGCGUCUCGCUGGCCUACUGGCCGGAGUGCUCCGACACGGAGGUGCCGCCGCUGGACUUGGGCUGGACGGACAAGAACUUUUACCGGGGCAUCAGCCGGGUGAGUCUCUUCACCCACCCCAAGAAGGAGGAGAACGCGCCGCACCUCAAACAGGUCAUUCGGGAGAUGAUCCAGCGGGCACAGAGGAUCAUUGCAGUGGUAAUGGAUCUGUUUACAGACCGGGACAUCUUCCAGGAUAUUGUGGACGCAGCAUACAAGCGCCGGAUCCCAGUCUAUAUAAUCCUAGAUGAGGAGGGUGUGAAGUUCUUCCUGGAGAUGUGCAAGUGUAUGAAUCUCAAUAGCUUCCAGAUCCAGAACAUCCGUGUACGUUUUGUGACGGGAGUUGGGUUCUAUAUGCCAUCAGGGAAGAUCAAAGGCACCUUAGCCUCCCGGUUCCUGAUGGUGGAUGGUGAACAAGUGGCCACUGGGUCCUACAGUUUCACUUGGAGCUCAUCCCACAUCGACAGAAACAUCCUCCUGUUGUUGACGGGGCAGAAUGUGGAGAUGUUUGACAUAGAGUUUCGUGAGCUCUAUGCCAUCUCUGAGGAGGUCAAUCUCUACAAGGAGCUGAACAUUGCUAGCCCUUUUCAUUCAGGAGCUGGGAUAUCGGAGUUUCGCUCCUCCACCGUGUCUCGUAAGAUGAUCAACCCCAAGUAUGGUCUAGUGACAGGGGCUGCCCCUGGUGAAAUGUUCUGGGCUUCGCGCCAGAGGCAGGAGGCACAGGGGAAACUGGAAAAGAAUGAGGAGGAAAGUGAGUCAAAGAAGCGGCUGAAUCAGUUUCUGAAUGACUUGAUCACGGUGGAGCAGGUGCUACCAGAAAUUCUGCCACCUCUCGAGAACUUGGGGAGAGUGAACCGGAGUCCCCAGAGAUUGUUCUCCUUCUUCCAUCGGGAUCCGAAACAUAAGUCCAAAUCCAGGGAGUCCAUUCGUGACACCAAGAAGGAUGAGGAGGCUGGCAGUUCUGUUGCCAACGGGGAAGCCAACUCCAAGCAGGGUAAGAGGUUUGGCAGCGAGUUUUUCAGCAGGAAAGCUAAACGUCCCCCAGUCAUGAACACUGAGGCCAAUUCUUUUGCCAGUGAGGGAAUCUCAGGAGAAGAGUUUGAGAUUGUGAAGACGACAGGUGAGGACCUGAUCAGCUUCAGCCCUGUCAGCAUUCGGAGUAGUGCGGGCACCUCAGGCUGGUAA